AUGCCGAGGGUGACUAUGGUGGUGGAGGACUAUGGGGCGAUUGUUGCGAGGGCGUGGAGGACGAGGAUGGUGUGGAUGUGGACUGCGAGGAUGGUGAGGAAGUCGGGGUUUGUUUACGGUGAGGAAGACGAACGAGUUUGGCGGCAAGUUGGGACGACUCUCUCCACGGAGAGCAAUCAUUCAGCCAAAAGUUCAAAGUCGCCAUCGCUCCUCGGUUUAACCCGCCCGAUCAUGGAAGGCAUCGUCAUUGCCCUGGUCCCCCUAGCCUUGGGCGCCGGCGCCGGUACCACCCGACGCUGGGAAGCGAAGCACUGCCCCUUUCUCAGGAGAUUUCGGGAGGCCAUGGACAAGGAAAAGAGCAGGGAGACGGAAGUGGAAAUAUGCCGUCUAAGCGCCAUAGUAUCCUGGCUUCUCCUUCACCGCAUCCUCCUCGAUCGCGGAUUCCUCCUCCGCCAUGAACGCCCACGUCGAGGUAUCUUCGGCCUACGGCUAUGGCCAACCAGCACCGACCGCCGCGUUGCCGCCAUCAUAACGCUCACCACGGCAUUCUGGUUGAUCGCCGUCAUACUCGAAGUCGUCGCUAACGCGCCGUCAAUCCUCGAAGCCUUAGCAACCCUCUCUCAUGCUCCCAUCCUCCCUUCCCUCGUCCUGCUACUUUGGUACCUCCUAUCCGCCGCAGGCCCGCGCCUCUGGUCCGGCUCUCGCCUCCGGGGACUUUACGACUGGACUUCAGCGCUGCAGGGGCACCCGAUGCUUUUAUACGCAUUCAAGUCCCUCGUGAUCCUCAUGGUCGGGGUCCCAGCGUUCGCUUUACUUGCCACAUCUGCUGCCAACCAGGGAGACAUGCUCCACGGCAUCCUCUCCCUAGCAGGCCUCUUCCUCUUCCUCUCCGACACAGUUCUCCGCAACCCUUACGCCCACCACGCGCCCCAUCGCCACGGUCCCGAUGCACUCCGCAUCAUCCUCCCGACCACCCACCACGAGGGCACAGUCUACGUGCUUCCAGAUUUAGACUCGAACUCAGAAAACCGCGGGUUUGACGCGGUAUGGUCGCCCAAGAUACCAGAUGAACAUCGCGCGGCAGACGGGGAGAUUAUGGCGCUGUUCCAGCGGAUGCGAUCGAACCGGUGGGCACGAAGCGAGCCUCUAGAACGGUUGCGGGAGACGUUGGCGCAGUUUUAUAAGCGGGUGAGCGUUGAUGGGUUGGCGACGGAGCAUGUGGAGAGGUUGGCGCGAUGGAUUUAUGCUGCUCCGACGACGACGACGACCGGACAUUCGAAUGAAAAGGUGAACGAUAACGAUAAAACGAGCCGGAAGAUCGAGUGUCUUCGAGCUCCCGGGACUCAUCUUAUUGGCCGCGACUUGAUGUUUGCCCUGUGUCAUGCUGAGUACAUCGUUUUCAUGGCGCAGGGGCAACUGUCUCCUGAAACGAGGUCGAAGCUCGGUACCUUGAGAUUGAUGACAAGAAGCGGUGCGGCGAUGCAGUCGACAAGCGACAAGGUGGAAGCUAUAGGAUAUGCCAAUACGGGAUACGUAGGCUACCGGGAUGCGGUGGAACACGUCUAUGCCAUUUUUGGUUACUCUCCCAGCGAGAUUGACCGGUCGGCUCUCGAGUUUAGGGGUGUACAACCGCCUCGCUUCUCGUACGCACUUGAUGGAAGCCCGGAUACCAUCGAGGACCCAGUGCUUUUCGGUGCCUUUGUGGCGGGAUUCAUGUCGCGAACCCCAUGA